AUGGCAGCCCAAGUUCCCACCGACGCUCUCAAAGAGCUGAAAGUGAACGAAGCCGCAAAGGCAAACGGCAAGGGCGGAAAGCCUGCGCCUGCUGGCGACGACGACGACCACGCAGAGGAUUCUGACGACGACGCCGAGGAGAAUGCUGCCGGCAACGGGGCCGAUGGAGCCACUGGGGCUGCUAAAAAGAAGAAGAAGAGAAAGCCCAAGAAGAAGAAGAAGAACCCUACAGCCCAGACGGAGCCACCUAGCGUCAUGGUGAGCCAGCUAUUCCCCAACAAGAGCUAUCCCAAGGGCGAGGAAGUCGAGUAUAAAGACGAGAACCGUUACCGAACUACCAAUGAGGAAAAACGCCACCUGGACAACUUGAACACGGAGUUUCUGAACGAUUACCGCGAGGCUGCUGAGAUCCACAGACAGGUUCGCCAAUAUGCUCAAAAGUCCAUCAAGCCCGGCCAGACCUUGACCGAAAUUGCCGAAACCAUCGAGAAUAGUGUCAGAUCUCUUACUGGUCACUCUGGAUUAACUGAGGGCGAUGCCAUGGUUGCUGGUAUGGGUUUCCCGUGCGGCCUCAGCUUGAACCACUGCGCUGCACACUACACGCCCAAUGCUGGCAACAAGAUGGUUCUACAGCAGGAUGAUGUUAUGAAGGUCGACUUUGGUGUCCACGUCAAUGGCCGAAUUGUCGACUCUGCUUUUACUGUGGCCUUUGAAUCCAAAUACGACAACCUGCUCAAGGCUGUCAAGGAAGCCACAAACGCUGGUAUCCGCGAGGCGGGUAUUGAUGCCCGUGUCGGUGAAAUCGGAAGUGUCAUUCAGGAGACCAUGGAGAGCUUCGAGGUGGAGAUUGAUGGCACUACAUACCCCGUAAAGAGUAUCCGCAACCUGACGGGCCAUAACAUUUUGCCUUACAGCAUUCACGGUACCAAGGCCGUGCCUAUAGUCAAGAGCAACGACCAGACCAAGAUGGAAGAAGGUGAUGUUUUUGCUAUCGAGACUUUUGGGAGUACCGGUAACGGCUACGUCAGAGACGACAUGGAGGUUUCGCACUACGCCAAGAACGCAGACGUCCAGCACGUUGACCUUCGCCUGAGCUCAGCCAAAACGCUGCUCAACGUGAUUAACAAGAACUUUGGCACCCUACCUUUCUGCCGUCGUUACCUGGACCGCCUGGGCCAGGACAAGUACUUGCUCGGGCUGAACAGCUUGGUUAAUAGCGGCAUUGUCGAGGCUUACCCGCCGUUGUGUGACAAGAAGGGCUCAUAUACUGCUCAAUUCGAGCACACUAUCUUGAUUCGGCCAACCGUGAAAGAGGUCAUCAGCCGGGGAGACGACUACUAA